GCGUUGUCACAUUUUCUCUUGAAAAUCGCGUCUGUCACUUGGUCAUUUGCUCACUCAGCAACUCACAAAGUUGGUUUUUAUUUUAGAACGACAACGUUUAACUUUUCUACAGUGACUCAUGUGGCUCCUGAGACUCAGCCUUUUUCAGGAUAUUGCACAGCAGAGAGGGGCGGGGAGCUGAUGACUCUCGCUCUUUACCUCUCACUGCGAGGCGCACAAUGACAGAGUCCUUCCGACAGAGCAACAUGCUAUAUACUGGAUAUUUCUUAGGGAUUUUCUUCUUCUCAUGGGGGAUAAUUGCGGGCAGUGUAAGGACUCUACCUCAUGUGGUGAAGUAUCAAACAGUGAUACCUCAGAGGCUGAAGGAUUCAUCUCUCAUUAAUGAUGGUGCUACAAAUCAGACAUACCUUGAUGUGCUCCAGUACUCUUUGACAAUUGCAGGGCAAAACUACACACUGCAUCUGGAAAGGAACAAAGAUCUUAUCGGGAAAAACUUUUCUGUGACACACUAUUCUGAUCAGGGCACCCAAGUCACAACUACUCCAGAUCAUGGGGUUCACUGCUACUACCAUGGACACAUUGUGGGAGUGGAGGACUCAUCGGCCAGUGUGGGACUGUGCUCUGGAAUAAAGGGGUUUGUGCUUCUCCAGGACCAGAUGUACCUUAUUGAACCUCUGCCCGGUGCCGAGGUGGGACAGCAGGACGACAGCCAGAGCUCUGAAGCUCACAGUGACAAGAGACUUCAUGCUGUUUACAACUACAAACACCUGAGGAGGAAGAGGAGCUCCUGUUCCCAUGGAAACACGACCACUUUCUAUGAUCAUGGAGCUCGUGCGUCUAGACUGUUCCAGUUUGGCAGUCUGAAAAGCAGGGCCCAGACCAAAGACCAUACAGUAACACCCAGGACAGUGGAGCUGGUUCUGGUGGUUGACCACUCGGAGUAUAAGAAGUUUAAAAGUGAGAAGAAAAUACAGACCAGGAUGCUUGAAAUAGCAAACCAUGUGGACAAGCUAUAUCGCCCCGUGGGUGUUCGUGUUAUGCUGGUCGGUCUGGAUAUCUGGUCAUACAGAGAUCAGAUGGAGGUCAGCAAUUCCCCUGAGCUCACCCUCGAUCGCUUCCUCGCGUGGCGUAAGCAGAGCUUGUUGCCGAGGAUCAAACACGACAACGCACAGUUCAUCACAGGUGUGGAUUUUAUUGGCUCCACCGUCGGCUUAGCAAACACCAAUGCAAUGUGCACCGCUAACUCUGGAGCUGUCAAUGAAGACCAUAACAGUAACCCAGUGGGAGUGGCGUCUACUAUUGCACAUGAGAUGGGUCACAACCUGGGCUUGUCCCAUGAUACUGAAAACUGUGUCUGUGAAUCCGUCGAAUCGAAGCAAGGGUGCAUCAUGGCUGAGAGUGUUGGCCUUGUGUAUCCGCAGCUGUUCAGCAGCUGCAGUCAGCAGCAGCUCAGCAGGCUAUUGGAGAAGGUGAACCCUCCCUGUCUGCUGGAUACUCCCUCCACUGAUCGCAUCUAUGGAGGGCCAGUGUGUGGGAAUGCCUUCCUGGAGCCUGGAGAGGACUGUGACUGUGGCACUGUAGAGGAAUGCAAGAAUCCCUGCUGCAAUGCCACUACCUGCAAGCUUAAUGCAGGAGCCCAGUGUGCAGAGGGAGAGUGCUGCCACAACUGCCAAAUAAAACCGACAGGCAGCAUCUGCCGCCUAAAGACAGGAGAUUGUGACCUGGCAGAAUACUGCACUGGCCUCUCUGGCUCAUGUCCGAAUGACACCUACACCCAAAAUGGCCAGCCUUGCAACCGUGGAAAAGGCUACUGCUACAAUGGACAGUGUCCUUCACAGCAAGAACACUGCAAGAGACUCUGGGGACCAGAUGCUAAAGUAGGUGCAGAUGCUUGCUUCUGCAGAAAAACACUGUUUAGCCAGAGAUGUUCAAGAGAUCACUCUUGUGGGACACUUUUCUGUUCUGGAGGCUGGGAGUUUCCAGUUACAUCCAGUAAAUCCAUUCACAAUGUAGGAAAUGGAGGAAUAUGCAAUGAAGCAACUAUAAAGCCUGAAGAUAACUACCCUGCAGAUCUGGGGAAGGUACCUACCGGCACCAAGUGUGGCAACAACAUGGUAUGCUACAAUCAACGGUGUCAAAACAUCGAAAACAUAAAAGUGUACGGAACAAAUACCUGCUCCGCCAAAUGCAACAACCACGGGGUUUGUGACCACGAGAAUAAGUGUCACUGCGACCCUGGCUGGGCCCCACCUUUCUGUGACGUGCUGCAGUCAGAGCUGUCUAAAGAGUCAAGUCUGGUGGUGUUCAUUGUGUCACUGGUAGUUGGCCUACUUCUGCUGUUCGUCCUGGUUAUUGGGAGUUUGAUGUGCUGCAUCAGAAAAGGUCGACCUGCAAAGAGAUACCUUCAGUCUACCUCAGGACAAUCCAACCCAUUGUUUCAUCCGAGCAGUACACGAGGCAACCCUCGUCUUGGGACCACACACAUCAGCCAGCCUACAUUUGUGGAGUCUUCGGCCACUCAAGCUUGUGAACCUCUGUCUUCUGCUAUUGCCAGACCACAUACUGGAGCACCAAAACCCAGCAGAGCAGCCCCAGAGCCGCCCAAGAAAGUGCCAGCUGUACCUCAGCCAUCAAAGACUCAACAGGCUAAGCCACUACCUCCAUCCAGACCUCUGCCACCACUCGCAGCAAAAUCGAUCUUGAAGCCAAAGCCUCCAAUGCCUCCAGUGAAGCCAAAGCCCUCUGCAGUCCCGCUGCCACACACUCAGCUGGUAUGUAUUCAGACAGCAGCAAGAGUCAGCCGGACUUUCCUAAAUCCUUGGCAUUCAAACAUGCUUAAUGUUAUUCAGGGCAUUCACAUUUAUAAAGACGUCUGUGGUUUUAGGCAUUGUCCUAACAUAGCAGUGCAAUGAACAAGCAGUGGCUCACUGUUACUGAGUUCAUAAGCACAUAAACUCUCUUGGCCACCACUGAAUAGCUAAGAGUCAGACACAGUGGAAUAAUAAUCUACACUUAAGAUGGAGUUCGGAGAAAGAAAAUUGCAGUUUUGCUAAGAGAAGCUCAUCAAAAGUAUGUGCGCUAACAGUAUUUGUUUUUCUAGCUUGCAGAGAGAGCUGCCCUGAUUCCCCCCAGCAGGCCCAGAUAACAGAGGGAAUAAUUCAGAAUGGUGUCAACAAUGAGAUCCUCUGACAGAGGACAAUGUGUUUGUCCCACCUAGUAGGACCUAGAAGAUCCUCACAGGAGACGCUUGUCUGGUUUAAAGUGGAAACACGAUCCACUGAAGGAUCAGCAACCUUAAAUGUGAGAGCUUUCCUGUCACUUAUGGUCCUCCUGAGGAUUCCCGCCAUCUGUCACUUGCUUAUGUAGGCCUUCAGUACGCUGAUGAAAACCUGAAGCUGUGAUUAGCAAGCUCAACGUCAAGUCUGUGCUUUACAAACGACAAAUGGCUAUGCUGCCAUGAUGAACUUUUUUUUUUUCUAAUUUUUUUAGGGAAAUGUCACUGCCUUGAUCCUAGGAUAUGUGAACUCUUUUUGAGGCAAUUGUUUUAAUUUAACUGUUUUACUGUUACUUGUCCCUCACAUGGUUUUGGUACUGAUUUUCUAGUAAAUAAUGUUGUUAAGGGUUUUUAAAAUGUGGCACCAACAUUGGCACUUUACAGUUUUUUAAAUUAAGGAUGAACCACAAAAAUCCUAUCUUUCUCUUGAACUUUUUUUGUACUAAGCCAGGUAUGCUUGACUUUAUGGGACUGAAUUGUUACAUGCAGCUGUUUUGUUUGGUGUGUUGACUUGAUAUAUAUUAAUUGUUAUCGUUGAAGGGAUUUUUUAUUGCAUAUUCUAUGCAGCAGACAUGAUCAAACCGCUUCACUCAUAAUGCCAAUGACUGAGGCCUUUCUAUACACUGAGGAUACUGCAUUGAUUCUUUUUCUUCAAACUUUGAACUGAACUUAUUUGAACGUUUCUAUUUAUUGAGAUCUACUUUUUGUCUGUUAAAAUAAAGCUUACAAUAAAAGUGA